AUGGAGAUAGAUAUCUUCUCUGAGGGCGAAUUGCCUUUGCCUGAAGGAACUGGAUACGAGCAGCUCACAUCUGGCCUUGACCAACAGGAUGCCGGUGAAAUGGCAUCAGGGAUUGGCUUGAUGGGCGACCUGCAAGGAGUAGACCUUUUGUCAGAAGACAAAGGGCUUCUCUUUGAGAGCAUGCCGCCGUUCGACCCGAUGAUGACUUACUCUCCUCUUCCCGAAAGCCAGCAAGAUGCCACCACGGCCAUGGUCAACACAGAAUACAGCCCUGUCUCAGUUCGUUGCUUCAACGACUCUCCUACUCUCUAG